AAGUUUCCCGUACUAAAUUUCCCGCGUUUGCCAAAAUCAACCGCGAGAGGGUGUUCUCCACUUCCGCAAACACAAAUCCAAGAUGGCAGCGCCCAUGAGCCUCAAGAUAUGUGCGAGAUGGAUUUUGAAAUCAGGGAACAUUUCAAGAUUUCAAGCGUCGCGUGCACCAGUUUUAGAAUUUAGAUACUUCUCAUCGAUUUCGUCCUGUAAAUCAUUGGUUUACGAUAAAUACGGAGAUCCGGUAAAAGUGUUGAAGUUGGUGAAGAACUCUGUUCCAGAGGUUCAUGAUGACUCUGUUCUAAUCAAGAUGAUAGCAUCUCCAAUAAAUCCUGCAGAUAUCAACUCCAUACAAGGUAUCUAUCCUAUCAAGCCUGACUUCCCAGCUGUUGCAGGAUUUGAAGGUGUAGGAGAGAUCCAAGAAGUUGGCAGCAAUGUCAAGCAGUUGUUACCAGGAGAGAGAGUCAUAUUUCCAGCCAGUGUGACAGGUACUUGGUGUUCCCAUCUCGUCUGCCCAGCCAGUCAAGUGAUGGUGGUCCCCAAAGACACGCCCCCGCUCGUUGCAGCGACCGUUAAAGUCAAUGCAUGUACGGCUUACAGAAUGCUGGCCGAUUUUGAGAAUUUGAGAGAAGGUGAUACCGUAAUCCAGAAUGCAGCUAACAGUGGUGCAGGACAGGCCGUCAUACAGAUUGCAGCAGCCAGGGGCUUAAAGACAAUCAACAUUGUGAGAGAUAGACCCAACCUGACUGAACUCACAGACUACCUUCAUGACCUUGGAGCGACCGUUGUGACAACAGAGGGCGAUCUUCGAAAAAGCGCAUCAACUCUGCUUAAGGACUUGCCAAAACCUAAACUAGCCUUGAAUGCUGUUGGAGGAAAGAGCAUCAUAGCACUUGUCAAGCAAAUCCAGGAUGCUGGCACUAUUGUUACCUAUGGUGGAAUGUCGAAGCAGCCUGUUAUGGUCCCGACUGGUUCCCUCAUCUUCAAUGAUCUCAAGUUCAAAGGUUUCUGGAUGAGCAGAUGGCACCAGCAUCAUGCAGGAAGCGAGGAAGCCAGACAGAUGUUUGAACAGCUCUGCAGAUGGGGUGGAUCGGGGCAACUGAGGGCGCCCCAACAUAGGCUGGUCGAUAUCGAGGACUAUCGCAGUGCCCUAGAGAAGGCGCUGGGUGAAUAUAGCACGGAAAAGCAAAUUCUAACAUUCGGAUCGUGAUGAAUCUUUGACUCCUAUGAGGUGACCUUUGAACUUUUGAACUAUAGAGACCUGUUUCCUGUUCAUGAUCUCUCGCCGAUGGUCUUAAAGUGAGAGCAAAUUGAUUGACACGGCGUGUGCACAGUCUCUUUAGUUGGUCUUAUUACCUAUUGAGAUAACUAUAUGAUGAAAAGUGCAGAGAAUGAAUUAGCUUGUAUAUUUCUCUGUAUAGGUAUAGGAGAAUGAAAAUGUUUGAG